CGGAUAAGGUGAUCCGGUAAUUUGCACUAUUACUAACUUGCGAAGUACUCCAUAUCUGUGAUGUUCGGCAACUAGUCCACCUUCAGCGACGACGAGGCCAUUCCACCGGAAAUGACGUCGAAGCUAGUCUACCCGCCGCGACGGCAACUCAAAUAGCUUGACAAGAGAAUUUGAUUGUUAACUGAGAUUUCUCUGAUUUCUGGACUCUGAGGUCUCAUCAUUUUUUACACCGUUUUCUUUAGCAGGGAUUGCUGUAGCUGAUUCUUAGAUGCUGAAUUUGGCUGCAUCUAAUUCAAUGUUAACUUGUGAAAGGUAAAUUUGGUCAUUUUCGCUAGAUAGUGAAUGGGGCAGAGUUCAAAGAAGAAGAAGAAGAAGGGAAAAGGUAGUUCUUUGUCCAAAGAUCAGAACUAUUCACUCCCUGGAGAUAAUGCUGAUUUAAUUGCAGAAGAGUUUACCGCGUUGUCUGCAAUAUUUCAAGAGGACUUUAAAGUGGUAGCUUCAGAGUCACCUCCACAAAUUACUCUGAAGAUCAGGCCUUACUCAAAAGAUGUAGGGAAUGAUGAUGCUGACAUGUCUGCUCUUCUUUGUGUAAGGUGUUUAUCUGGAUACCCUUUCAAAUGCCCUAAGUUGCAAAUAAUACCAGAGAAAGGCUUAUCGAAAGUCGAUGCAGACAACCUUCUGUCACUGCUUAAUGAUCAGGCUAGUUCUAAUGCUCGAGAAGGUCGGGUAAUGAUUUACAAUUUGGUGGAAGCUGCUCAAGAAUUCUUGUCUGAAAUAUUGCCAAAGGAGCAUGAAUCUGCAGUGCAUGUAAGUCCGGAGCAGACACUUCAGCAUUCUAGAGGGCCUUUUGUUUUUGGAUUCAUAGAUCUUUUUAACGGUUCAGGGGAGUCAUGGAAUUGGAACCUUAUAAUGGAAGGGAACAAUAAGCUAUAUUCUUUAGUGCAUACUGACACGUUAGAGAGCUCAAAAAAUGAACUGGAUGCUCCAGCAUCUAAAGUUGAUAAAGUUGUGGGGCCAACUAUUGGUCCAGAUAUUAGGCGAGUUUCUUUGCAUAAAUCUUCCAGGAGUUUAGGUAUUCUUGAGGAAGUGAGUGAGAGUGAGAGUAGAAGUUCUGGUGAUUUGAGUAGGACAUUGUCAUCAGAUCAAUCAAUUGGAAAAGAUGUCACUGUGAAGAAUCUUUUUGUAGAAGGCAAUAUGUCUGGAAGUGAUGAUGGCAGUGAUUACAAAGGUUUGGAAGGUGAAUCUUCUGAAUCUGGGGGAGUGCCGGACUCCACAAUUCAUGAACAACCAAUUGGGUGUCUAGAGAAAGAUUUAAUUUUGGCUCAUUUGUUUCGUCUUGCUUGUUCUCCUAAAGGGCCUCUAUCUGAUGCAAUGCCUGGAAUACUGUCAGAAUUGCUUAACCUAGGGUUUGUUUCAGAACAAGUACGAGAUUUGGCUAACAAACCAUCUUCAGUUUUUAAUAAGACUUUAAGUCAGGCAUUUCAGCGGCAUAUAGCUUCAUCAAAGGUUUCGCAAUUUUGGAAAGCUUCGUCUGAUUUGGAUGUACAUAAUCCUCUGUCUAGUCCAAGCUCACGCUACUUAAAUGACUUUGAGGAACUCCAACCCCUUGGACAUGGAGGAUUUGGUCAUGUUGUGCUUUGCAAGAAUAAACUGGAUGGGAGACAGUAUGCUGUCAAGAAAAUACGGUUGAAGGACAAGAAUCCACCCUUGAAUGACCAUAUUUUGAGAGAAGUAACCACACUCUCAAGGUUGCAACACCAACAUGUGGUCCGUUAUUACCAGGCAUGGUUUGAAACAGGGGUUGCUGGUUGUAUUGAUGUUGCUAUGUUUGGCUCUGUUCCAAGCUCUAGUUUCAGCUGCAAGGAUGCAAGCUCAUCUGAUGCUUUUGGAAAUGAGAACAAGCUUGAGUCAACAUAUCUGUACAUUCAAAUGGAAUACUGCCCAAGGACACUUAAGCAGCUGUUUGAGUCAUAUAGCCACUUCGACAAGGAUUUUGCGUGGCAUUUAUUCCGACAAAUUGUUGAAGGGUUGGCACACAUACAUGGACAAGGAAUCAUUCACCGUGAUCUGACUCCUAACAACAUCUUUUUUGGUGCUCGCAACGACAUUAAAAUUGGGGAUUUUGGACUUGCUAAGUUCUUGAAACUUGAACAGCUUGAUCAAGAAUUUGACGCUGCUGAAAUACUUGGAACUUCAGUUGAUGGCACUGGUCAUAUCGGUACAUAUUUUUAUACUGCUCCAGAAAUAGAGCAAGGAUGGCCAAAGAUUAAUGAAAAGGCCGAUAUGUACAGCUUAGGAGUUGUUUUCUUUGAGUUGUGGCAUCCAUUUGAUACAGCAAUGGAGAGACAUGUCAUUCUUUCUAACCUGACGCAAAAGGGAGAACUUCCUCCUGCUUGGGUCAAUGAAUUUCCAGAUCAGGCAUCCUUACUUCGUCGUAUGAUGUCACUGACUCCAUCAAACCGCCCAUCAGCAACAGAACUUCUUCAACAUGCCUUUCCACCUCGGAUGGAAUAUAAUUUGCUAGAUGAUAUGUUACGAGCAAUUCAUACCUCUGAUGAUACAUUCGUUUAUGAUAAAAUAGUCAGUGCAGUUUUUAAUGUGGAGAUGCCAAACACGAAGGGUCAUGCUGAGAUUGAUGGAAGAUUGAUAAUGUCAGGAAAUGAUACUUCUUCGAUCCUAUUCAGUGAUUUUGAGACGGAUAAUCGUGAUAAUGUUGUGGAGGUGGCUAAAGAAGUGUUCAGACGGCAUUGUGCAAAGCAUUUGGAGAUCAUUCAUAUGCGAAUGCUGGGUGAUGAUUGUCUGCAAUCGGAUAGGAAUGCUGUAAAGCUAUUGACCCAUGGGGGUGAUAUGAUUGAGCUUUGUCAAGAACUACGCUUUCCAUUUGUAAAAUGGGUGAUUGCGAAUCAGAAGUCAUUUUUCAAGCGUUAUGAAAUUUCAUACGUCUACCGAAGGCCAAUUGGCCACUCACCCCCAAACCGCUAUCUACAGGGAGAUUUUGACAUUGUCGGAGGGGAAACAGCAUUGACAGAGGCAGAGAUCAUCAAGGUCUCUAUGGACAUUAUUACCCACUUUUUCCGAGCAGAAACAUGUGAUAUUCAUUUAAACCACGGGGAUCUUUUGGAAGCAAUGUGGACUUGGAUAGGCAUCAAACCUGAAGACAGAAUAAAAGUUGCCGAGCUUCUCUCUGUGUUGGGAUCUUUACGUCCUCAAUCUUCUGAAAGAAAGAGGAAAUGGGUUGAAACACGAAGGCAACUCCGGCAGGAGCUUAAUCUUGCAGAAACCGUACUAAACAAACUACAAACUGUUGGGUUGAGAUUCUGCGUGGUUGCUGAUCUGGCCAUUCCACGACUAAGAGGUGCCCUUCCUGCUGAUGAGUCCACACACAAGGCACUCAAUGAAAUGUCUGAGCUUAUCAACUAUUUAAAGCUUUGGAAGAUGGAGAAGCGCAUGUAUGUAGAUGUGUUAAUGCCACCUACCGAGAGUUACCACAGGAAUUUGUUUUACCAGAUAUAUUUACAAGACAACGAUAGCCCCAGCAUGGAGGGUACGUUGCUUGCUAUUGGUGGACGUUACGACCACCUGUUCCAUAAAACAAUGAAUUCUCCUGGAGCUGUGGGGACUAGUGUUGCUUUAGAGACAAUUUUGCGACAUGUUUCUGUAGAUACUCUACCUUGCAGAAAUGAUACAGGGAGUAAAAUUCUUGUUUGUUCGAGAGGAGGUGGUGGGUUAUUGGUAGAGAGGAUGGAACUAGUGGGUGAGCUAUGGGAGGAAAACAUCAAAGCCGAAUUUGUACCUUUGCGUGAUCCAAGCCUCACUGAACAAUAUGAAUAUGCUAAUGAGCAUGACAUCAAAUGCCUUGUCCUCAUCACUGACACUGGUGUUUCUCAAAAAGGAUCAGUUAAGGUUCGACAUCUUGAGCUUAGGAAGGAAAAAGAAGUUGAGAAAGAGAAGCUUGUGAAAUUUCUAUCUGAAGCGAUGGGAGUUCAGUUCAGAAACCCAUCCAUCUGGAGCUAGAUUGCUUGUCAGAAAAAAAUCAUGUAAUGAAAUGCAGUUUGGAUGAAUGAUGAUAAUCAUAGCAUACUUUGCAUUUUGAAUGAAAUUGAAGAGCACGCAUGGUUCUGAUUCUUCAGGGAGUGAAGAUAAAAUUGGUUCUACACAUUGAAGAUUACGUAACGUGUGAAAAUUACUUGAUAUGUCAUCUCCUUCAAGUAACAUGUCAAAAUUACCCAUGGCUUAUGUAGUGUCCCAAAGUUAGUAAUUAGAAACACACAAGCCAUAUUUGUCAAAUAUGGAUUGACUAAGAAAAAAAAGUGAUAAAAUUUUCUACUGCAUAUAAUCAAGUGUAAAUCAAUUCAAUGAUUGUUUCAUGAUCUGCUCCCUGGUAACUCUUCUCCGGCUCAAAAUGACUCAUAUUGGAAAUCUAAGAUCAUCUGCUGACUGCUUCAA